AUGGCUGCCAACGAGAAGCCCCAGUUUAUGCACGACGGCUCUCCCGCAGUUGAGAUAAAGGGAGCUUGGCCCGACAAUGAGAACACCGAAUCAAUUGCCAACGGCGAGGCGCGCUAUAAUAUCGUCGACAAGAUACGAUGCAUGUAUUACGAGCACCUCCACGACUACAACUUCCCUGGUGACAUUCUUCAGAGAGCCGCCAACCUGAUCAAGCAGAAUAGAAGCGAUGUUGACAUGGAGGUCGCUCAGGCCCUCGCGUCUGACUUUCACGAGCAGAAAGAGCACAUACUCAAAAACUCUCCUUACCCAGAAGUUCGGGCGGUGGUCGAUCCGACGGAUGACCCAUCGAUGCCGGUGAAUACGUUCCGUGCGUGGUUCCUAGGCAGCGUGUUCGCUAUCCUCGGCACCGGUAUCGAUCAAUUCUUCUCACUGCGGUAUCCCACCAUAUUCAUCGUGUCGUACGUGGCCCAGCUGCUAUCGUAUCCGUGCGGCGUCUUCAUGGCCAGGGUGCUGCCUACUGGAGUCAUCCCCCUCGGACCGCUCUCCUUCUCCCUCAACCCCGGCCCGUUCAACCAAAAGGAACACAUGGUCAUCACCAUCAUGUCGAAUGUCGCGUACGGAGGCUAUAAUGGCACUGCGUACGUCACGUAUAUAAUACAAGUGCUCAAGCUCGACAUGUUCUUCGGCAACAGAAAGCUCGCCGACAGCGCGGGGUGGCAGAUCCUCAUGGCCCUCUCGACCCAACUCAUUGGCUACGGCGCUGCAGGCGUUAGUCGAAGGGUUCUGGUAUAUCCGGCCGAGAUGAUCUGGCCCCGAUGCCUGGCGCAGAUUGCGCUCAACAAGGCUCUGCAUCAUGACGAUGGCUCGAGGGAGCUGUCGUCUGGAUGGACGCUUUCGCGAAACCGCUUCUUCCUGUACGCCUUUGUCGGCAUGUUUCUCUACUUCUGGGUGCCAAAUUACCUCUUCAACGCUAUGUCCAUCUUCAACUGGAUGACAUGGAUUAAGCCAGAUAGUGCCACACUGGCUAUCGUAACCGGCUCGAUCUGCGGCAUGGGCCUCAACCCAAUUCCUACCUUUGACUGGAACUGGGCGACGUCUCUUCUGGACCCCAUCGUCACGCCCUUCUUCUCCACCGCCAAUGUCUUUGCAGGAGCAUUUAUCGCCGUGAUUCUGGCCAUCAUUCCAGUUUACUGGUCGAACGCGUUCAACUCGGCCUACGUGCCCAUCAACAGCAACUACGUCUUCGACAAUUUCGGCCUGCCGUACAACAUUUCGCGGGUCCUGAACCCAGACUUUACGCUGGAUGAGACCGCGUACCAAGAGUAUAGCGUGCCGUAUCUGUCUGCGGCAUCGUCGGUGACGUAUGCGUGCAACUUUGCGCUUUACCUGGCGGCCCUAGUCCACGUCGGGCUCUAUCACCAUGUCGAGCUCACGCGUGCGCUCAAGAACCUCUUUCGCUCCCGCGUUCCUGUUCGAGAGGCGGAUAAGGAUAUACACACCAGACUCAUGACGAGCUACAAGGAGACGCCACAUUGGUGGUACAUGGUCGUCCUGGCCAUCUCCUUCACGAUGGCCUGCUGCGCAUGCACGCUCUGGGACACGUCGAUGCCCGUUUGGGGUAUAGUAUUUGCGCUGGUGCUGUGCUUUUGCCUUCAGGUGCCCAUAGGCAUUAUAUUGGCUAUGACCAAUGUCGAGGUGACACUCAACGUGAUUGCCGAGUUCAUUGGGGGCUUUGUUCUCAGCGGCAAGCCCAUCGCCAACAUGAUGUUCAAGGCGUUUGGGUACAUCACAUGCGCGCAGAGCAUCCAGUUCACCGCUGGCCUAAAGAUGGCGCAUUAUUGCAAGAUACCACCACGAUUGACGUUCGCGAUCCAAAUCUGGGCGACGAUACUGGCAGCGUUUGUGUCGAUUGGCGUGAAUCAGUGGCAGCUGACGCACAUUGACAACGUCUGCGCCAUUGACCAGCCAGACAGGUUUUCGUGUCCCGGAACACACUCCUACUUCACAGCUACGGUCAUUAUGGGCGCCAUCGGCCCCAAGCGAAUAUUCGGCUGGGGCCAGAUCUACAACUCUCUCACCUGGGGAUUCCUCGUUGGAGCAAUAUUGCCUGUUCCCGUAUUCUUCCUGCAGCGAUGGUUCCCAAACAGCUGGGUGCGGUACGUCCACGUGCCUGUGCUCUUCUUCGGCCCGCUCAGCCUCUCGCCGUACAACCUCACGCAUCUAUGGCCGGCGUUCUGUCUAUCCUGGUUCUUCAACCUGUACAUUCGCAAGCGCAUGCUCGGGUGGUGGGCACGGUACGCGUAUGUCCUGACCAGCGCCUUUGCCUCGGCAGUCGCCGUGUCCGGCAUCGUCAUGUUCUUCGCGGUGCAGUUCAAAUCGUCGGCCAAGCUGGACUGGUGGGGAAACCGCGUGUCGUUUGCAGGCGUCGAUGGGGGCGGCAAUAACGUGGCUUGUGUGCUCAAGCAGGUACCCGAGGUAGGGUUCUAA